AUGGAGUCAGAGCAGCGGGCAUCUGCCCUGCCUGAAGAAAAAGCGCCACUUUCCUCCACUUCAAACACACCCAGCUCCCGCCUAUCGACGUCAAAUACUCACGAUGAUCACCCUUCGGAGAACAAGGACGCCGAAGUUGGCAUCAAACCCACCUUGACCGAAGCCGACAAAGAAGCCGCCGCUCAGCCGGACCCCGACCCAAACGUUGUCACUUGGGAUGGUCUAGAUGAUCCCAACCGCCCACAGAACUGGACUGCCCGGAAGAAAUGGUUCAACAUGUCCAUCGUUAGCGCCAUAUGCUUCCUCACCCCACUCGCUUCUUCCAUGGUCGCUCCUGGCAUUCCCCUCAUCAUGCGUGACUUCAAUCUCAGCAACGAAACAAUUGGUUCAUUUAUCGUCUCUAUAUACGUCCUCGGCUACGCUGUGGGCCCGUUGUUCAUCGCGCCACUGAGUGAGGUCUACGGCCGUCUUCCCGUGUACCAUACCUGCAACUUUUUCUUCUUCAUCUGGACGCUCGCCUGCGCCUUGGCGCCCAAUGUUGGCGGCCUUCUUGCCUUCCGUCUGCUCGCCGGGCUUGCAGGCUCCUGUCCCAUCACCAUCGGCGGUGGAUCCAUCGCAGAUCUUUUCUCGCAAUCAGAGCGUGGCGCCGCCAUGGCAUUGUUUGCGCUUGGUCCGUUGUUUGGUCCGGUCAUUGGCCCAGUGGCUGGCGGUUACCUGUCCCAGGCCGCCGGGUGGCGCUGGGUGUUCUGGGUUCUCACGAUCGCUGGUGGUGUUGCCACGGUGUCGGCACUACUGUUAAUGAGGGAAACCUUUGAGCCCGUCUUACUUGAGCGCCGGACUCGAAAACUCCGCAAAGAAACAGGUAAUCCAGACUUGAGAUCCAAACUCGACUCAGGAAUCACCAAGAAGGAAUUCUUUAUCCGCGCCAUCGUACGACCCACAAAGAUGCUUAUCUUUAGUCCCACCAUUCUCAUCUUCAGUAUCUAUAUGGCUAUCGUCUACGGUUAUCUCUACCUGCUGUUUACAACCCUCACUCUUGUGUUCGAGAGCCAAUACCACUUCGAUCAAGGCUCCAUAGGCCUGACCUUCCUCGGCAUCGGUGUCGGCUCUCUGUUGGGACUCGGCAUCUUUGGCAGCUUGAGCGACAAGUUGAUGAAGCGCUUGACCGCCAAGCACGGCGGAGAGAUGAAGCCGGAGUACCGCCUGCCACCCCUCAUCCCAGCUUCUUGUUUCAUUCCCAUCGGGCUUUUCUGGUAUGGGUGGUCGGCCGAGAAAAAGGUCCAUUGGAUUAUGCCCAUCAUUGGAACAGGCUGGGUCGGUCUGGGCCUCAUUGCAAUGUUCAUGUCCAUACAAACGUACUUCGUCGACUGCUUCACAGUAUACGCCGCCAGUGCCAUCGCGGCAAAUACGGUGCUGAGAAGUUUGAUGGGCGCCUUCCUGCCGCUGGCGGGUCCGAAGAUGUAUCGGACUCUUGGGCUGGGCUGGGGCAAUAGCUUGCUGGGAUUUGUGGCCCUGUCGAUGGUGCCUGUCACCUUCAUCUUCUAUUGGAAGGGAGAGUACAUCAGAAAGCAUCCCAGGUUCCAAGUCAAAUUAUAG